GCGGCGGCGGCGGCGGCCAGACAGACUGCAGAUCGACGCACGGACCCAAGGAUUCUUGAGCUUGGGUGCCGGCGGCAGUGCCGUGCGUGCCGCCUGGCCUGAAGGGUGGCCACCUUACCAUGUCGCUCAGCAUCUUCUGAACUAGGAAAGCCCAAGGAUGUCCGCUCUGAGGAAGGUUUUGCCCGGCAUCCUGCAGAAACAUUGCUGCAUCUUACCAGACAGGAACACAGAGUCUCAGUGCACCCUUUGCGGAGAGCCAGAAGAGGAAGAAGCAGGAGACUUGGCCCAGCCGGGCCUCAGCUUCCCUGGACCAGCAGAAGAAGACAUAGACCAACAGUACUCAUGGUCUCCAACGCAGCACUUCAAUGAGGAGAGGUACUCACCCGCACCCAGGAACAUGAAAGGGUUAACUGGAAGCCGGAACCAGCCUCAAAUAUGUGCGGGUCAUACCUGUGGCCUGUCACCCCCUGAUGACUGCGAGCACCCCCACGAUCACAUGCACCAUGGGCCAGAUGUGCGGCAACCUUAUCUUCUCAGCCCAGCUGAGAGCUGCCCAAUGGACCACCACCGUUGCUCACCCAGGAGCUCCGUCCACUCAGAGUGUAUGAUGAUGCCUGUGAUGUUGGGAGACCAUGUGUCCAGUAGCACCUUCCCCAGAAUGCACUACAGUUCACACUAUGACACGAGGGAUGAUUGUGCCAUGUCCCACACAAACACAAAAGUAAAUCGCAUCCCCGCCAACCUCUUGGACCAGUUUGAGAAACAGCUACCCCUGCACCGGGAUGGUUUCCAUACACUGCAGUACCAGAGGGCCUCAGCUGCCACAGAGCAGCGAAAUGAGAGUCCAGGCAGAAUCCGGCAUCUGGUCCACUCGGUCCAGAAACUCUUUACCAAGUCUCAUUCUUUGGAGGGAUCAUCCAAGAGCAACAUCAAUGGGACUAAGAGCGACAGUCGGGUGGAUGACCACCACCACAGUCACCAUUCUAAACACAGCAAAAGGAGUAAAAGCAAAGAGCGGAAGCCAGAGAGCAAGCACAAGUCUGGUAUGAGCAGCUGGUGGAGUUCUGACGAUAACCUGGACAGUGACAGCACAUACCGGACACCCAGUGUGGCUAACCGCCACCACAUGGACCACAUCUCUCACUGCUACCCUGAGGCGCUGCAGAGCCCUUUUGGGGACCUUUCUCUAAAGACUUCCAAAAGCAACAAUGAUGUUAAGUGCUCAGCCUGUGAAGGCUUGGCCCUGACGCCCGACACCAGGUACAUGAAACGUAGCUCUUGGUCCACUCUCACAGUGAGCCAGGCUAAGGAGGCCUACCGCAAGAGCUCCCUGAACUUGGACAAGCCCCUGGUCCACCCAGAGAUCAAGCCUUCCCUGCGGCCGUGCCACUACCUCCAGGUGCCUCAGGAUGACUGGGGUGCAUAUCCCACAGGUGGCAAAGAGGAAGAGAUACCCUGCCGCAGGAUGAGAAGUGGCAGCUACAUCAAAGCCAUGGGUGAUGAGGAGAGUGGAGAGUCAGACUCCAGCCCCAAAACAUCUCCAAAGGUGACCCUCCGGCCAGAGCCCCUGCUGAAGUCCAUUGUACAAAGACCACUUGGAGACCACCAAACCCAGAGCUAUCUGCAAGCUGCCAGUGAGGUGCCUGUUGGUCACAGCCUGGACCCAUCAGUCAACUACAACUCCCCGAAGUUCCGGUCCAGAAACCAGAGCUACAUGCGGGCCGUGAGCACCCUGAGCCAGGCCAGCUGUGUGAGCCAGAUGAGUGAAGCAGAGGUCAAUGGGAAGUUCGAGUCAGUGUGUGAAUCUGUCUUCAGUGAAGUUGAAUCUCAGGCCAUGGAUGCCCUUGACCUUCCUGGAUGUUUCCGGACAAGGAGUCACAGUUACCUUCGAGCCAUCCAAGCUGGUUACUCCCAAGACGAUGAAUGUAUUCCCGUGAUGACACCCUCCAACAUGACCUCAACCAUCAGGUCAACAGCAGCUGUCUCCUACACAAAUUAUAAGAAGACGCCUCCCCCGGUGCCUCCACGGACCACCUCCAAGCCUCUGAUUUCAGUGACAGCCCAGAGCAGCACAGAAUCUACACAGGAUGCCUACCAGGACAGCCGUGCCCAGAGAAUGUCCCCCUGGCCCCAAGAUGGCCGUGGCCUCUACAACUCCAUGGACAGUCUGGACAGCAACAAGGCCAUGAAUUUAGCUUUGGAAACAGCUGCAGCUCAGUGCCAUGCCGCUGAUACUCAGAGUGGCUCCACAAGGACCAGUGACAAGGCCAUCCUGGCAUCCAAGGCUGAAGAGCUCCUCAAAAGCCGCUGCUCCUCCAUCGGAGUCCAGGAUUCUGAAUUCCCUGAUCAUCAACCCUACCCAAGGUCAGAUGUAGAAACAGCCACGGAUUCCGACACGGAGAGCAGAGGCCUACGGGAGUACCACUCUGUUGGUGUGCAAGUAGAAGACGAAAAGCGGCAUGGUCGCUUCAAGCGCUCAAACAGUGUCACAGCGGCUGUGCAGGCUGACCUGGAGCUGGAGGGCUUCCCUGGACAUAUCACCAUGGAGGACAAGGGCCUGCAGUUCGGAUCCUCCUUCCAACGACAUUCAGAGCCCAGUACCCCGACCCAGUAUGGGGCACUGAGGACUGUGCGGACGCAGGGCCUCUUCAGUUACAGGGAGGACUACAGGACACAGGUGGACACUGUCGCUCUGCCUCCACCCGACCCCUGGCUUGAGCCAUCACUGGACACGGUGGAGACCGGCAGGAUGUCCCCAUGCCGGAGGGAUGGCUCAUGGUUUCUGAAACUGCUGCACACAGAGACGAAGAGGAUGGAAGGCUGGUGCAAGGAGAUGGAGAGGGAAGCUGAGGAGAACGACCUCUCGGAAGACAUUCUAGGAAAGAUCAGGAGUGCUGUCGGGAGUGCUCAGCUGCUCAUGUCCCAGAAAUUCCAGCAGUUCUACUGGCUUUGCCAGCAGAAUAUGGACCCCAGCGCCAUGCCAAGGCCAACAUCACAGGAUCUGGCUGGCUAUUGGGAUAUGCUACAGCUGUCUGUGGAAGACGUCAGCAUGAAGUUUGAUGAACUGCACCAGCUGAAACUCAGUGACUGGAAAAUAAUAGAAUCACCCGAAAGAAAGGAAGAAAGGAAGAUCCCCCCUCCAAUACCAAAGAAGCCCCCCAAGGGGAAAUUCCCCAUCACAAGGGAAAAGUCCCUGGACCUGCCAGACCGACAGCGCCAAGAAGCCCGGCGCCGGCUAAUGGCAGCCAAGAGAGCCGCCUCCUUCCGCCAGAACUCUGCCACGGAGAGGGCAGACAGCAUUGAGAUCUAUAUCCCUGAGGCCCAGACUCGGCUCUGAGGACCAGAGGUGGCCACACACGCCUGGUUUUGUUCUUUUACACAAAAUGCUUGUACAGUUUAUUGCCUACCUGGUAGUUUCUGUCUCACCCUCCACCGGAUUCGCCCUUGCCGUGUUCUCUGCACUGUAGACAGUGGACACUCCGAUUCCUAGUUUGCUGAGCUCAUGGCAAGACUGACUGAAGGACAUCGGCUCUGAGGAACAGGCUUGGUGAGGCCUGACUUACCUCCCUGUUCGAAGAGGGCCGCCCAGUGGCCUCUUGCGAUGGAACCUAGCUUUCACUUUGUUACUUAUAUUUUUAUAAAUUGUGUGAUAACCAGAGGUCACUACAAACGGGUGCAUCUCCCCACUCUUGAGAGGCAUUAGACAUCCAAGUGGAAGGUGCUACAAUUCGAAGGGCAGGAAAGACAGAGAAACCUGUUCCCUCUCAUCUGAGUUACUCCCCCCAGCUAAGUUGUCCCAAGUCCCUGCUGUCCUCACAGGUCCUGCCAGCACAGGAAGCACUCGGUUCCUUGGUUGACAUUUUGUGAUGA